AUGGACUCGUGGGAGAGCGGUAAGAGUGGGGUGACCGGCCUGUUCAUGUCGACGACCGGCUCCUGCGGCUUUGGAUUCCAAUGGCCGGGCAUCGGGACGGGGUUCGAUGUGGCCGCCAUGACGGAUGCUGCUCCCGACUUCACCGAUUCAUGCGGGCGCUGCUAUGAGGUGCGAUGCGAUCCCACUCCCCGACUCCUGGACGGCUUCGGAGAUUUACUGGACAGGAGUCAUGUGUGUCUGGAUGAGGCGGCCAGCGUCAUCGUGCGGGUGACGGACAGCUGUCCCUGUCGCUACCCUGACAAUGCCUACUCCAACCAGAAGUGGUGCUGCUUCGACCAUGGCAUCACCCACUUUGACCUGUCGGUGUGCGGGCAGACGCCUCCAAACAACUCGGUGGUCUUCGAGCGCAGGGAUGAUUGGGCAGGCAAGCUGCAAGGCGCUCUCAAAAUGGUACCAGAUGGCCUACUCCGAAAGCAGGAUGGGGAACUGCUCACCUUUGACCAGACCUUUCAGGGCGGCCGGGGCAAUCAGUCCUCCCUGCUCGAUUUCUUCCGUAACUUUCGGGUGGCCAUGGACCCAGAGGAGAUGGCGAGCAAGAUGGCAGAACUGGAAGCGGCCUUCUGGCUGCCAGACCCCAGCGCCCUGCUGCAGCCCGAUCAGGCCGCCACCGCACCGGCGCUCGCACCUCCUACCCAGCGCAUCCGCGCCUUCCCCCACGUGGAGGGCCAGUUCGCGGUGCACGUCACCCUUUCGGCCCCCGCCCCGCCGGAUGUCACCCGCGCGCUGCGCGCUGCGCUCCCCCGCCUGCGCGCCGCGCUGCCCACCCUGUGUGGGCUGGACCUGGGCACGGGGCACGUGUCCCUUUCGCACACCGCCCCAGCAGCCGGCAGCCAGCUGGAGUCCCUGCUUCGCAUGCUGACUGCCGCCGCGUGGCGGCUGGCCCCAUUUGCCCUCGACCUGCGCCGCCUGGCCUGCCUGGCCAACGAGGACGCCAGCCUCGCCUUUCUGGCGAUUGAGGGCCAGGGCGCAGGCGGCGCCUUUGCACGCGCGGUGCGCGCUGUGGACGCGGUCUUCCGCCGGCACGGGCUGCCGACGUUCUACGCGGAACCCCGGCCCCACGUCUCUGUGGCCUGGGUCCCUGGGGAUGCGUUAGAGCGGCUGGAAGCAGUGCUGAAGCAGCAGUCUGUCCUGCUCCCGGCCUGGCACAUCGAGGCAACAGAGCUGGUCUGCAAGAUAGGCCAGCGCACGCACGCCCUGAAGCUGGGCGGCGAUCGCUGA